ACAUUCCAGACAUUCUUUUACAGCUUGGCAGCCCGGUGAUGUUUGGUUUCGGCUGUGGGAACUGGAACUAGACUAAUAUGCAGGCCCACCAAGGUAGAAAUAACGCCUGGCGGAAAUUGACAUUUCUCCAUGAAUUUCCCGCCGAUUGCUUCACUUGCUGCAUUCAGGAGUGUUUUAGGGAGAUCCCGUCACCUCAUCAAGCCGCUUUCACGAAAAAUAGCUUCUUCUCUGACGAUGGAAAACCAGAGACUUGUGUGGGUCGAUCUAGAGAUGACAGGUCUUGACAUCGAUGAGUGUCAUAUUAUAGAAAUGGCAUGCCUGAUCACAGAUGAAAACCUCAAUAUUGUGGCAGAGGCACCUGACUUAGUGAUUCAUCAGCCAAACUCAGUCUUAGAAGCCAUGGAUGAAUGGUGUGUCAAACAUCAUGGAGAGUCAGGUUUAACAGCUGCUGUUAAAGCAUCCAAAACCAGCCUCUCAGAGGCACAACAAAUUUUUCUGGAGUUUAUAAAAAAACACACUCCAGCUAAGCAGUGUGCACUGGCUGGAAACAGCGUGCAUUGGGAUAAAAAGUUCCUGGACAAGUACAUGCCUAAAUUUAUGAAUCACCUACAUUACAGAAUUGUGGAUGUUAGCACAGUGAAAGAACUCUGUAGGAGAUGGUAUCCUGAGAUUUAUCAACAAGUUCCCAAGAAAAAGCAAACCCACAGAGCCCUGGAUGACAUCAAAGAAAGCAUUGUUGAACUUCAGUUUUACAAGCAGAAGAUAUUUAAGUAAUAAGAUGCAAAACAAAACAGUUUCUUGAUUUACUUAGAACAUUUGAUCAGCAGUAGAAGAUGAAAAUGAUAUCUAAUAUAAACCCUGCCAAAGAAAAGUGCAUCUCGUAACUUUUUUUUUUACUCCUUUAAAACUAUUUUUGCUCCAUUUUUUUAAUAUUUAAGACCCUUCAUAUUUACCAGUAUAUUUUGAAAGUAACUUGGUUGAUAACAUGAAUAAUAAAGUGAAAAAAAAAAACAAGAACGAAUUAGUUCAAUAAAAUGCUGCAGACUGCCAA